AACCAGUGAAAGUCAAUCAUCGUGAAGCAUUUUAUUCUGGAAUCCCUGCACAAUCAAGAACUAGCCCCAACAAAUGGUCCUUCGAGUCGAAUUUCUACCAGCACAGCAUACGCAGCGGGGAAAGUCAUUCUAAGCAGGCGUUAUUGUUCCGGAUAAACUUCAUCGAGCAUCGGUGCAGUCAAAGUUAGUGAGUGAGCGAGCACAAAGGAUUUUGGGAAAGGCCAGCCAUAACCAUGAUUCUGGCGGACGCAGACGCGUCGUCGGUUCGGUGCAUUUAGCGGUGCAGACGCCGGGCCGGGCCAACACGCUAGUGCGCCAUCGCUGCGCCAUUUUGUCGAGUCGGCGGCCGGCGCGACCAGUAUUUGCCACGUCGUGCCAGCUGAUCGCACUGCUUUCUUGCCCGCUCUGCUCUGCACGCCUUAUUAUCUUUAAGUUUAGUAUAUUUCUGUCUUUACGUUUGCGCCUUAAAAACAUUUUUUGUUUUCUGUUUUUUUUUUUCAAUUUAUUUUUUUUCAAUUGGUAUUGUUGUUCAAUAACAACAAGAACCUACUUGCACCUUGAUUAUCAGUUAUAUUCUCAUUGUACGCAUCACACAUAAUUAUUUUUCUUCACAUGACGGAUUAUAAUCUUCCUCAUUCAAUUACUAACACUCUUAUUACCUAUUUGCGCUUUAAAAAAAAAAUAAUUCUUUAAAAGGAAAUCAACUUGAGUUUCUGAAUGUUAUUAUAGGUAUUUACUACUACUUGGGUAACUUCAUUCACGCACUAAUAGCAUUUUUUUUUGCGCUACAUUACACAUACUUACCGUAAUAUUUGUAUACUAUCAUUGCAGCUUUUACCUACCUAAAUAGUCAUAAACAUGACGAGUACGUUGCCAGUACUACGACGAAAACGUAGUUCAUAUCGAUCAAAACUAACUCAAUUCAUCGCCUAUUUAGACGUUAUUACCACAUGCGAAAAACCUAGUAGCGCACAGCUUAGCGAACUUAAUAUUAGGUUAACCAAGGUCGAGGAAUGGUAUAAUGAAUAUGAUAUAUUACAAGUUGAAAUAGAAGGUUGCACGGAAAUUUCAGAUGCGGACUGUGAGAAGGAGUACCAAUAUCGCGAGAAGUUCGAUGCUGAGUACUUCGCGAGCGUCGGCAGAGCGCGAGAUUUCGCGAGCAGGUUUGCCUCUCCGCAGCCAGGCAGAGACAACGUGUCGUCGGCAGCCUCCGUGUCUGGUACUGUACUUGCAACAGAGCUACAAAAAAGAACCAAAUGGCAGCAUAACAAAGGAGAGCUACUAGUCGGCGACAUGGUCCUCGUGAAGGACGAUCGCCUUCCGCCUAACCGCUGGCUGCUGGGAAGAGUCACCUGCCUACACCCCGGACCUGACGGCAUCUCACGCGUCGCUGACGUCACCACUGCGACCGGAAGCAUUCGGAGAGCUUACAACCGGCUGUGCCCCCUACCAGCACAUGAACCAUCUUUGGAACAGGAUGUUCCAACCCCGGGAGCCUGUUCACGCACACAAUGACAACCGCCCCGCGCCCGCGUCGGUCACCGCCCGCGUCCCCCGCGACACCCGCGAUGCCCCCGCGCCGCUCCGCGCCGCCGCCCGCCGCGCCGAGCCGCCAUCUUCGAUCACUCGCCGAUCAACCUUUGCGCGCGACGCGUUACGUCGCGUCCACGCACCACAUAAAUUUGUAUAAAUUCACGUAAUAAACCAGUGAAAGUCAAUCAU